UAAAAAACAAGGUAGUAUAGUACAUGUUUUAAUGCGUAGAACACAAGUUUGUAAUGCAAGACAACAAAUGAUCCUAAUUCACUAAAAUUCUAGAUUUUUUUUUAUAGAACUAAUCAAUUAGAGCCCACCAUAAAUUUAACAAACACUCUUCCCCACACACGUAACUACUUGAAUAAAACCCCUUAUCUCUUUUUCUUCUUUUGGCACAUGAUCCCGUAAUGGAAGAGAAGACCACCGGAAGUACAAUCAUGGCAGCACUCUCCACCCUCACCCCGCCACAAAUCUCCUCCCUGACCACCACCAUCUCCGCCCUCUUCCACCUCCACCACCGUCGUCUCUCCUCCCUCCUCUCCUCCCGCACCCUCUUCUCCCUCUCCCUCCACCACCUCCACACCCUCUCCCUCAACCAAAAAUCCCUCCUCAUUGCCCGCCACCUCUUAUCAAUCCUCUCCCACCUCUCCCACUUCCUCCACCCCAAAACCCCCGGAUCACCACCAAACAACACCUCCAUGGUCAACGUCAACCACCGUGACCUUGACUCUGUUCUCCUGUUACUCCUUCUAUGUGAACUCCAUCAACAUGAUCCGGAAUCACUCAAGACAUUGUCGCCGGAAAAGUGGCGGGAGUCGCUUUCCGGUUAUGUCUCCACCACCAUGUUGACUCUCUCCGGCAUUGGGUUCUCCGACAGUGAAACGUUGAGGAAAUAUGUUGAAGUGGUGACAAGGUGCCGGAAGUUUGUGGAGGUGAUGGGUGGUGGUGGAGAUGGGAAGGAAGGGAGAGAGGUGGCGGCGUCUGUGGCGGCGGUGGUGGCACUGCCGUCGGUGGAGGUGGAGCAAGGAGGAAAAGAGUGUGCUGUGUGUAAAGAAGAGAUGAGGGAAGGGAGAGAUGUGUGUGAAUUGCCUUGUGAACAUCGGUUUCAUUGGAUGUGUAUAUUGCCAUGGUUGAUUAAGAGGAACACGUGUCCUUGCUGCCGCCAUCAGCUGCCGACUGAUGAUGUAUACGGCGAGCUUGAGCGGCAGUGGGCGGUUCUUGUGAAAAUAAGUGAUGGUUAUAAUUAUUAGAUUUUUUUUUAUAUGAAAAUUAAGAAUUAUAAUUUUUCUUC